CACCCUCUAAUUGCUCAUUCCAUUCAGCAGAUAGGCGAGCAUUGGCUUGUGCCUGACGCGCACGGUGCAGUGGGAGGGUUGCUGUGGAGAUCCGAGACUCUGAUAACCCCCCGUGCGUGCUGCACAAGUGGUGAAAGCCUCGCGCUACGUACUGGCUAAUGAUUGGCACGCUUGACAGUGAUUGGCAGGGCUGCCAUGACAACGCUACAACGACACCAAGAAGACCAAUAGAAAAGGGAAACAAAAUGUUUCAAUGCUACACUCAACGGCGGAUUUAGGGGGGAGAUAUUAUGAGGCUGGUGUCAUUAGGCGAUAGCCAUUGAAUCAUUCAACCUUUUUUACUGGCCGUAUUUUUUCGGUUUUUCCUUUUUCUCGGUAAUUUUCUUUCUCUCUCAGGUCAUUUCCAUGGUUUUCAGAUCCCCUUUAGAGCUUUAUCCCUCCCAUUUCUUCCUGCCGAACUUCGCUGAUCGCCCACUGCUGCUGGCGAACAGCGCUCCCACCGCCAGGUCUCCAGAAGACUUGUCCAUGUUUCAGCUACCGACCCUCAACUUUUCCCCGGAGCAGGUGGCGAGCGUCUGCGAGACGCUGGAGGAGACCGGGGACAUCGAACGGCUGGGCCGCUUCCUCUGGUCCCUGCCGGUGGCUCCGGGAGCGUGCGAAGCGAUCAACAAGCACGAGUCCAUCCUGCGCGCCCGCGCCGUCGUGGCUUUCCACACGGGGAAUUUCAGAGACCUCUACCACAUCUUGGAGAACCACAAGUUCACGAAGGACUCGCACGGCAAGCUGCAGGCCAUGUGGCUGGAAGCGCACUACCAGGAGGCCGAGAAGCUGCGCGGUCGUCCCCUCGGACCGGUCGACAAGUACCGAGUGCGGAAGAAGUUUCCGCUGCCUCGGACCAUCUGGGACGGGGAGCAGAAGACGCACUGUUUCAAAGAGCGGACACGGAGCCUGCUGAGGGAGUGGUACCUUCAGGACCCCUAUCCGAACCCCAGCAAGAAAAGGGAACUGGCUCAAGCCACUGGACUCACUCCUACACAGGUCGGGAACUGGUUUAAAAACCGGAGGCAAAGAGACAGAGCUGCGGCGGCCAAAAACAGGCUCCAGCACCAAGCAAUAGGACCGAGCGGCAUGAGGUCCCUCUCAGAGGCCGGUCUCACCCCUCACAGCUCGGCCGAGUCGCCAUCGACCGCGGCCAGUCCCACCACCAGCGUUUCCAGUAUGACUGAGAGAGUCGACAAUGGGACGUCCAUCCUGUCCGUCACAUCCAGCGACUCGGAGUGCGAUGUAUGAUACGGAGAGAAAAAGAAGAAGAGAAAAAAAGAGAGAAAUCAGAAAAAAAGAAAUAACACAGAAAACAAAAAAAAAGAGAGAAAUAUUWACAGGGAAAAUGGACCUGAGAAGAAGAAGAAGAAAGACUUAUUAAAUAUGGCGGAUGAAAAAAAAGGACCAAUUGAUUAUAAAUAUUAAAAUAAAAAAAGAGAUAAAAGCACGUCAUUUUUUUAUUCAAAGCGCUUUCAAAGGACCCACGCCUACCCCUCCUCUUCAUACACCCCCACACCAACAACACUAGACUACUUGCAUGGUUUUAUUUUUUACUUUAUUUUUUAUUUUGUAAUCAGGGAGAAAAAAAAAACAACAACCUGAAUACAAGAUUUCUUUUUUUUUUCCAUCAGGAACCAGAGGGAAUAAAAACAGAUCGUCUUGGUGUCUUCGUCGCACUUUUUUAUUUUUUAUUUUUGUUUUAUUUUUUCUUUGUUUUCCAUAUCCGGUUUUUAGUCCAAGUGAUGAUGAUGGUGAGGAAGCCGCCGUGCAAACAAGAUGCAAUCCUGUUUUCACUUUGUGUUCAUCAGACAAUCAUUUUAAGUCGUAAGCACCUUUUUUUUUCCCUCCCCCUCUUUCAAUCCGACUUCUGUCAUUGCCUGUGUGGGGUUACAUGGUCAAAAAAAUACAAAAACUAAAAAAAAAAAAAAAGAAAAAAGAACGGAUCCGUUUAUGACUGUAUCAGAUUUUUAUUUUUAUUUUCAAAAUUUUAUAUUGAAUUAUGUAUAUCUCAAAUGAUGCGAUCAUUUCUCCCGGUCUGUAAUAUACGUGUAGAAAUAUGCUUGUACAUAAUUAUUGCUCUGCCCCUCCUCCCAAGCCCCCCACCCAACCCCACCACGACCACCGUCACCCCUCCCGUGUCAUCCUCUUUUCUAUCCCCCUUCCUCACUUUUCUUGACUUGGUGUUCCUACAUAAAAUAUUUGUCAAAACUUA